AUGGAAAAGCAGGAAAAUCGUGCUGUCAUCAAAUACUUUUAUUUGAAGGGGUUAACGCCGAAGGAAAUUAAAGAAGAGAUGGACUCAACACUGGGGACAUCCUCCCCGUCAUAUUCAACCGUUAAGCAGUGGGUUUCCGAGUUUAAAAAGGGUCGUGUGAGCACCUCUGAUGAGCCUCGCUCAGGACGCCCCAUUGAGGUCACAACUCCAGAUAUGAUCGAAAAAAUUCAUCAAAUAGUGCUGGGAGACCGCAGAUUGAAACUGCGUGAGAUAGCUGAGACCUGUAAGAUGUCAUAUGAACGUGUCCAUCAUAUUUUGCACCAACAUUUGCAUAUGGAAAAGCUCUGUGCAAGAUGGGUGCCGCGUUUGCUAACAGUCGACCAAAAAUUGAUUCGAAAAAACAUUUCUACCGCAAAUUUGUCAUUGUAUAAGCGUAAUCCAAGCGAAUUUUUGCGUCGAUUCGUAACCGUUGACGAAACUUGGGUCCACCACUACACUCCUGAAACCAAAGAACAGUCUAAACAGUGGAUUGGACCAGGGGAACCAAAGAAGGCAAAAACAAUUUUUUCGGCGAACAAAGUUAUGGCUGCUGUUUUUUGGGAUGCAAGAGGUAUUAUAUACAUUGAUUACCUUGAAAAGGGUAAAACUAUCACUGGUCAAUACUACGCCGACUUAUUGCAACGUUUGAGCCACAAAGUGAAAAUUAAACGACCUCAUCUUGCGAAGAAAAAAAUCUUGUUUCAUCACGAUAACGCACCAGCACACACGUCAAUCGUUGCGACGGCUAAAAUCAACGAUCUAAAGUUUGAAUUGAUGCCGCACCCUCCUUACUCUCCAGACCUAGCCCCGAGUGACUAUUUUCUGUUCCCUAACCUCAAAAAAUGGCUUGGCGGUAAGAGAUUUGCGGACAAUAACGAAGUAAUCGAAGCUGUAAAUGGUUAUUUUGAGGAGCUUGACGAAUCAGUCUAUAGAGAUGGCAUUAAUAGACUGGAACACCGCUAUGAGAAAUGUAUCAGCCUUGGAGGAGAUUAUGUUGAGAAAUAA